CAUUCUUCCUCGCGCGAUAAAGAACUGUCAGUUGCCGUUGUUUUCCUAAUACCGUUCUGAAUUCUGCUUUGAUCUUUUGUAUAUUAAUCUUUUCCUAUAAGAAAUUUCAAUAUUAAUAAUAAAUUAUGGCCGACGAAAAUACAUAUAUUCUGUACGAUGCUCAAGCUGGUAAAACUCAACAGGAAUCUAAUAUUACUGUUGGAUCUGCGGAUGAUAUAAAGCAAUUAAUACUUGAUGAUUCAUCUAAAGAGAGAAGAAGCAAUUUAACUCAGACAAGUUUCAAUUAUAUAAAUAGUGUCAUUGGUUCUGGCAUUGUUGGUAUCCCAUAUGCACUUCAUCAAGCAGGCGUAGGAAUGGGUAUAAUUUUGUUGCUAUUGAUUGCUGUUGCUACUGACUAUUCAUUAUGCAUCAUGAUAAAAGCAGGAACUCUUGCAGGUGUUACAACUUAUCAAGCUUUAAUUCAAUCUCAAUUUGGAAGACCUGGCUAUUAUUUCCUAACUCUUGCUCAGUUCAUCUAUCCUCUGAUAGCUAUGAUAAGCUAUAAUAUUAUUAUUGGAGAUACAAUUACCAAAGUUUUGAUGAGAAUGUUUAAUGUGUCUCGAAGCUCUGUUCUUGGAAAUAGACAUUUCAUUGUAUUCUUUUGUACAGUAUUUGUAACUUUACCGUUAUCUUUAUACCGAACAAUUGUCCGUCUUUCUGUUGUGUCAUUUAUAUCCCUGGUUUUCGCUGCGUCUAUAGUACUGUUUGUAGUUAUUCGAGCUUUCUCUAUGGCUGGAAUAGUUGCUCCUUCACCUAAUGACUUUGUCUUUGCCAACACAGGGUUUACUGAAGCUGUAGGUGUCAUUGCAUUUGCGUAUAUGUGUCAUCAUAAUUCAUUUCUUUUGUUUGAUGUGCUUGACAAUCCUACUCAAUCUCGUUGGAACCUUGUCACUCAUAUAAGCAUCGGUAUAUCUUGCCUUAUUAUCGUUGUUUUUGGAAUAAGUGGCUAUGUUACCUUUUCUGGAUCUGUUCAAGGGGAUUUGUUGGAGAACUUUUGUAUGAAUGAUGACUGGGCCAAUGCUGCUCGCUUGGGUUUUACGAUUACCAUAAUGCUAACAUUCCCCAUUGAAUGCUUUGUUACAAGAGAAGUGUUUGAAAAUGCUGUGUUUAAAGAAAAGCAGUCAUCUCUACUCAGGCAUUCUGUUCUUACUGUAUCAAUUGUAGCAGCUACAUUUGCUUUAUCAACACUUACAGACUGUCUAAGCAUCGUUCUGGAACUAAAUGGGGUUUUAGCUGCAGUUCCUCUUGCUUAUAUUCUGCCCGCAGCUGCGUAUAUUCGUGUUAGCGAUGGACCUUUUUUGACCCUAGAAAAAGCUCCUGCUAUUUUACUAGCCUCUGCUGGUUUACUUAUUGCUCUGAUCGGUACUGCAAAAUCUAUUUUAGAUAUAGUACAUGGUGUGAGAUGUAGUCAUGGUGCUGAAAUGAGCUAUUGCAUUCAAAAUAUUACAUCUUUGUAUAAUAUUACCAGCUAUUAAAUUCUUUCUUUUCCUUUGGGAAUUUCGUUUAUUUUAUGUAAAAGGAAAAGUAUCCUAAUAUUCUAGCUACAUUACUGUGAAGAGGAUUUAAAUCUCCUAAUAAUUGUAGAUACAAUUUUCAUUUUCUUUUAUGGAAAAUAGAAUUAUUAAUUUUACAGAUUCAGUUAGAAAAGAUGAAUAACAUUUAAUUUUUGUUAAUUUUUUAAAUUUUAUUAUUAUUUUAUUAUUUUUGAUAAAUUCCUCAGUUUAUUCUGUUUUUUUUUUUAUGUGCUAUGUGAAAUGCAUUGCAUUAUUUGUCUGUCGGAGUAUUUUUAUCAAAUGUAAACUGUUUCAUUUCUUUUGCUAGUCAAUUCUAUAUUAUCAAAUGUCACUGUAUAUCAAUAAAUAUAUUUAGGAGUAAAAAUAUUAACUGUCAAUGUUAAGAUGCAAAUUGUUUUUUAAUUGUAAGUCUGUGAUAGUUAAUUUAUGAAAAGUUUUAUAUAUCCAACUUUAUAUAUUGAAGAAGGCAAAUUCAAAUAUUUUCUUUCUUCACACAUAUCCACCAAUUGUUUUAAAAAUCAUUAAUGUUUUAAAACAAGCAUUCUAUUGAUAAAUUAUUUA